UUAGCUGUGUCCGUAGGAAGUCGUCGAUUAGUUUUUGAAUUUGGAAGGAUACUUUUCAUUUUAAAUUUAUUUUUUUUAUUAAUCAAAAAGUGUUGGGCGUGAAGUACAAAAAUACAAAAUAGGCUAUCUCUAAUGGAAUAAUUACUAUGUCAACACACGACUAAGGACAUUUGAAGUAAUUAAUUGACGUAGAAUAAAGAAACAAAAUGAUUAGAAAAAUGUUUCGAUUGGUGGUUUUGGUGACAAUUGCAGUAGUGACAGCCAAAGUGCAAGAUGAUCCGGCGGCAAACCAAAUCCUUAAUUUUAAAGAAAAAACUAAGGGUCCUAUUGCCAUAAUGACAACAGCUGCAGGUGCACCCAUAGAAUAUAAAGAAGCUACAGUCACUCUGAACGAGAGGCUGAUAUUCAAUGAAUACUUCAUGGACGCUAUGACACACUUGGUCCGAGAAAGGAUUCCUGAACGAUUAGUGCACGCCAAGGCGGGAGGUGCCUUCGGUUACUUCGAACUCACCCAUGACAUUUCUGAUAUCUGCAAAGCGAAAUUAUUCAGUAAAGUUGGACAACGUACUCCCAUAGCAGCUAGAUUCUCACCUGUCGUCGUUGAACGAGGUGGUAUCGACACAUCCAGAGAUGCUCGAGGCUUCGCCCUCAAAUUCUACACUGAGGAUGGAAACUUCGACAUAGUCGGCUUCAACACCCCUAUGUAUGUCUACAAAGAUCCUCUCCUUUUCCCCACUUUCGUAAGAGCGCAAAAAAGGAACCCAGCAACGAAUGUGCUUGAUCCAAACAUGCUUUGGGACUUCCUAACUCUACAGCCGGAAAGUUUGCACAUGUUUUUACUAGUGUUCGGGGAUAGAGGCGUUCCUGAUGGUUAUCGUCAUAUGCCAGGUUUUGGUAUUCACACUUACCAAGUUGUAAAUGAACAUGGAGAAAGCCACUUCAUUAGAUUCCAUUUCAGGCCCGAUGCUGGCAUUAAGAAUCUGCGUUCCAAAGAAGCUAUGAGGCUUGCAGCCUUUGACCCAGAUUAUGCAACCAGGGAUUUGUACAGAGCAAUAGGCAAUGGAGAUUUCCCGAGCUGGACUGCAAGUAUUCAGGUUCUUACUGAGAGUGACGUGAAGAAUGCUGGAUUUGAUGUCUUUGACGUAACUAGAGUGCUUCCUAUCAAGAAGUAUCCAUUAAGACCCUUCGGUCGAUUUGUUUUGAACAAGAAUGCCGUCAAUUAUUUCGCUGAAAUUGAACAGUUGGCUUUCAGUCCAGCUAAUCUUGUGCCAGGCAUCCUUGGAGGGCCAGAUAAGGUGUUCGAAGCUCGACGGUUAGCCUACAGAGAUGCUCAGUAUCAUCGUUUGGGAGCUAACUUUUUCAAUAUACCUGUGAACUGUCCUAUUCAACACAAGGCUUUCCCAUAUAAUCGUGAUGGUCCACCUCCCGUUAAAGACAACCAGAGAGACAUACCAAACUAUUAUCCUAACUCAUUUAAUGGUCCCGUUCCUUAUAAAGAAGCAGAUAAGGUGGAAUUGAUUGAGGUUUACCAGGAUCAGCCAGACAACUACGAACAAGCUCGUGACUUGUACGAGAAUGAGAUGACUCCGGAUGAAAGGAAGAGAUUGAUUGAAAACAUUUUGUACAGUUUGGGCCCAGCGACUAAGUUCUUGCAAGACCGUGCCGUUAAAAUGUUUGGAAGAAUACAUUCGGACUUGAGUGAGAGAUUAUGGCAAGGCUUGCAGGCGAAUAGAACUAAAUCUCCAUAUGACUGGGACGACCUAUGAAGACUAGGUUGUUGUUAAUCUUUAAGCUAUUUACUUCUCAAUUUCUAUUUAUAG